AUGUGCAAGCUGAUAAUGGCCGGCCAGCGGAGGAGCGGCGACGAGCGACCGGGAAAUGAUCUCCAGCAGCAACUUGCCUCGCCGAUAGAAGCGCAAAGCCAAGCCCAAGCUCAGGCCCACGCUCUCGGCCUUGGUCGGCACCACCCCAAAGACCCCCUUCACCACCCCGCCCUACCCCACCUCGCACAACAACAACAGCCCCCGCCGCCCCAGCACUUUCAUCAACUGCAACAGCCUGCCCCGCCACCACCCGAGCAGAGACGCUCCGCCCGGAAGAUUAUCAAGGGUAUCUUCACCAGUUCCUCGAGCAAGGAAGGCCAGCAGCACCAACAGCACCAGCAACAGCAGCACCAGCAGCAGCAACCGCCCCCGGUCGGCCAAUCCAGUUACGACAACACGACCGGUCUUGGACGUCGCCCAUCAAGCGCGUUUCUGUCGACGAUCCACCCGGAUCUCGACUCCUCUUCACCGUACUCGAGUGAGGAAAUUCAGCUGCCCACCCAACAGCAUCAGCAGCUACCGCCUCACCCACGCACCAAUAUCCCCCAACUCCAACUCCAGCAGGAUCCUGCCCAGCAACACCCUCAGGACCACGCCAACGCCAACGUCGCGCACCCGCUUCAACACCAGAACCCGGCGCAGCAAUAUCCUCAUCCCAACCUACCCCAAGGACAGCAGCAAUAUCAACCUGGUCUGCCUCAACUCCGCACCGUUCACCUCCCGCCCAACUCACUUCACCACAACCCCGAAACUAGUUCUCAAGUUUCGCGAGAGUCCCCGACCGGCGAGACUGGUCCACAGAACCAAGGAAUGCCGCCCCCGCAGCCCGGAGCACAGCAGAACCAGGCGUUCAGAGGCACUUCGGGUCAGGACAGGAUGGCGUACGACGGAUCAGCAGGCGACCAGGGCCGCAAUAGCCCCCAACCCGAGCGCGAGGACCCUGACAAGGCCUUUAGAGAAUUAUUGGUCAAGUACAAGAAUGUCAAGCGGCUGUACUUUGAAAACAAGGCGCAAAUAGAGCAGAUGACGGGUCAGAUUGAACAUUUGCAGAAUGCCGUUGCCAACCAGAGGUUAUCCCAAUCCCGCACCUCGCUGGACGACAGCGAAUAUGCGACCCGGUUCAACAGACUGAACGGCGCUAUCAACAACCUGUCGUUCAACAUUCGCAAGGACUGGCGCAUGGUGCCUCGGUGGCUGGAUCGUUUUGUGAGCCAGGACGCCCUUCAAACCGGAAAGCAGGAAAUGACGGCCGUGGGUCGGGCAGUCAUCACGCGAUGGAUAGUGGAGGAGGUUUUCAACCGUUGCUUCCAUCCCGGACUCGAUCCCGUGCUCAGCCGGCAGCUGAAGGAGAUUGAACUCAGUAUUAGGCGCAACUCGUACACGUUGAAUAGCCAGGAGGAGUUCGAAGCCCUCACGGCCAAGGUUAUCAGCUGGAGGAUGGCCACCCUCGAGGGCCUCUCGAGGGAGCUUGCGUCUCCCGAAAGCGCGGAAAACCGCGCCGAGUUCAUUAGCAAGGUUACCGCCAACCUCUUGACGACCCUCAUGCAGUACCUCAACGAUCCGGCCCCGCCCGGGGUGGAAGGAAGCGCAUCGAUGAUCAUGGAGCUGGCGGUUGGAAUCGCGGCCAAUAUCCCGCUAGAAAGCCGUGACGAGGGCGGGGAUGACGACGACGAUGGCGAUGCUGGGGACAAGGACAAGGCCUCAAAGGACCGUCACGCGGAUCGAAGCCGACCUGAUGCCAACAGAGUCCGGGUCGCCGGUUUCGUUGCGCUGGAGGUUAGAGCACUGGCACAGCCCAGGGGCACGCAAGAGCCCCCAGCCCUACUCUGA